GGUUUAGCAACGUGCAAGUAAGGAAUUGAGAAUCUGACGACGUGACGCUGAGUAGAGAAUUUCAGAGAGAUGGCAUGAGCUCGUGCAUCCGACGACAGUGGCCGAGCAAUUCGAGAAGGAGUGAGGAGCCCGUCGACGAAGAGGCAGCGGCGAUGAAGUAUCGAGAACAGUUUAAGGUUUAAACCGUCGAUUGAAUUUGUCGUGGCUUUCGUGCCAUGCCGUCGGCUGUGGCAGCCAAUGGUGCGCUCAUCUCUAACGAAGAGCAGGCUUGUGGGGCAGAAGUCGAGGGCCAGGCCAAGGGGAGGGCUAUGAGCAUGGUUUGCGAGGAAUGCUGUGAGCAGGAGAGCAAGUAUCGGUGUCCUGGCUGUGGGUUCCGUACAUGUGGCGUUAAGUGCGUCAAGUCUCACAAGGAACGCACCAAAUGUGAUGGAAAGAGGAAGCGCACAGAGUUUGUCAACAUCAAUGAUUACAACGAUAAUUGGCUUAUUUCAGAUUACAAUCUAUUGGAGGAAACACUCAGGCUAGCAGAUUCAGCUAAGAGGCUCCGAGCUCCAUUUACUUCGGGCGUGAGGAAUGAAGUACCUCCUCAAGUGAAAGCGCUGCAGAAACAGGCGAAAGCUCGUUCUACUACUCUUCUGCUCUUAGCACAUGGCAUGACCAAGAGGGCAGUGAAUACUUCUUACUUUGACAAAAGGAAUAAGCGCAUAUUCUGGAGGGUUGAGUGGGUAUUCGAAGGAACGGAUGUUCGACUCGUUGACAGUCGAGUGGACGAGAACUCGACUCUGGAGAGCGUGCUUGCAAAACAUUUGGCCCAUGACGCGGAGAACGUGACAGUGAGGUAUCUCUUGAGGAGUUUUCGCUGGAAGCCUCUCCACGAGCUGGUGUUACUGCUUCCCAAAGAGCCAUGCUCGGCAGCAGAGAAGGAGUACUUCGAACUUACUCUAGGAAACCCUCUGAAGGACCAGUUGGCAGACAAGUCCAUCGUCGAAUAUCCAACAAUUCAUGUUCUCCUCCCCGGUAGUCUAGGCAACUUUGCCUCUGCUAAAAUAUCGAAGGCUGUUCCCCCCAAGGUUUUAGUGCCGGAUGAAAUUGUCGGUGAUAGAAUCCAAGACCCUCAAGAGUUAGAGGGUGUACCUUUCAAAGAGGAAGAUUUUGAGGAAGGAGAGUAUCUUGAGGACGGGGAAAUAAUAUCCUGAUGAGCAUAGUUCAAUUUAGUUUAUCAAAUUUAGGGUAAAGGCGACUACUUUAGGGAGCGUGGGUGGACGGGACGUGACAGCACCUUGUUUUCAACCGGAGGUUCUGUUUUUGUCCGGGGAAAAGGACCUCUGUGACCUUCAUGGGGCCUCCGAGCAUUGCUCUUACAUUUCGUGCAGGGUGGAAGCGUGAGGAUGACCUGUUACCUGGUUGUACAUUACUAUUCGAUGCGAUGCAACAAUAUCAUCACUGGUUUCAAUAUACUCACGCGCGAAAUCUGGGCCUACAUAUAUCUCGCGCAUUCUUUUAGUUUUACAGCGUUUGCCUAGCUGUAGAUCCAGACGUGUCGAAAUGCUUCUUCUGUGAGUAUCAUCAACCUCCUGUUUGGUGAGCCACCACUUCCUUUGACCGACUUCCCACCC